AUGUCCUUAACAUGGCCGCCCCCAAACAGCCAGAAACCACCGGACGAUGAACCUUUACUGCAUUCCCUCCACAAAGACACGCUGAAUGGACUGCUUCGAGCCCCUUCUCGACCUCAUACCCCUAAUUCUUUCAAACUACGCAGUCUCGGUGCUGGCUCGCAAUCUGGCCAAGCUGCAGAACCAGAACCCAAUGUUGAAGAAGAUCCGCAGGUUGUUCGGUUCCGCGCAUUAUUCCAAGAGACGGAAAGCAAACUUGCAAACUUGUUCAACGAUGCUGGCGAGGUCAUAAUUCCGGAGAGGCGUGCACAUCCCCAUGCGCCUUCAUUAGAUGUCGGGCCCGAUAUUGUCGAACCAGCACCAGCCCCUGCUCCUAUAUCGAAGAAGCGAAAGUUGGACGACGACGACGACUACGACGACUAUGAUGAUGACGGCGACGAAGAGGAAGAUCAGGAAAGUGACGCAGCGCGAGCAUCUCCUUUGAAAGACAAGCCAAACAAAGUUCAGCUCGUCGCCGAUAGCACCUCGUCGCCGGUACCUAGACCUGCAUCCCUCUCAAGGGGUACCUCAGAUCCUACAAAGCAACCAUCUAAGCCCGGUGUGAUAAAACAGAAUGAAGACGCGCAAGAUGCUCGCAAGAAGUUGGAAGAGGCCAAGCGGAAGGAAAUUGAGACUGUCAAAUCCCUGUCGCGGACCAUGUUCUUCACACUUGAAAGCGACCGGGAUGCCAUGUUGGAUCAGCAACGGCUUGAUGAGGCCGAACGUCGAGCGGAGGCCGAAGCAGAGGGCCACGCCAAUCGCCAGAUCGCUACCACGCAGCAGGGCAGUUUGAGCAAAGCCAAUCUCGGCGCGUCCAGUCUGACGCUGAAGAAUUUGAUCGCGCUGCUAGACGAACAUCGGUCGAUGGUCCAUGCGACUGAAUCAGAACUGCGCGCCUUGAUGAGUGAAGUGCGCAAGAACCGGAGUAAGUGGGCGAGUGAGGAAAAGAUCGGGCAAGAAGAAUUGUACGAAUCGGCCGAGAAAGUCUUAACGGAGUUGAAGGCUCAUACAGAGCACUCCUUUCCUUUCCUCAAUCCUGUCAAGAAGAAGGACGCGCCUGACUAUUACAUCAUCAUCAAGUACCCGAUGGACCUGGGAACCAUGACCAAGAAACUGAAGCAGUUCGCGUACAGGUCGAAAAAGGAGUUCGUCGAUGACCUGAAUCAGAUCUGGAAGAACUGCUUGAAAUUCAACAGCAACCCUGAUCAUCUCUUCCGAAAGCAUGCGCUCUUCAUGCAAAAGGAGACUGACAAACUUGUGCCGCUAAUACCCGACAUUGUAAUCCGUGAUCGGGCAGAGGUUGAGGCCGAAGAGAGAAGGCAACAAAUUGCCAACGGCGAACUUGACGAUGGCGCCGAGGAAAGUGACGAUGAACCGAUCAUGUCAUCUCGUGGCCGCAAGGCGCCCAAGAAAAGCGCGAAAAAGGGCGGGUCGACUUCGCGGAAAGCGCCACCUCAGGUCACCCCUGUUCCCGAAACUAAACCAGUCCUGCAGUCGCUCAGCUCUGUACAGAAUGGAAUUCGAGCAGAAUCUGAGGCUGACGGAAGUCAAGGCCAGUCGACUCCUCCACCAGGAAUAUUGACGCCACUCGGGGCCCAUGGUCCGGGAAGCGUGGCCGGCACGGGCAGUGAAGCCAUGGACAUGGAUGUGCCUGGCCUGCCGUUACAACCACCGAUCCCCGAGUAUGAGGAUGACGAAUUCAAACUUUGGAAGCAAAAGACUAAGAAAGAUCGAGCCACGAUUGCCGCCGCCCGGCACAAGCUCUUUCGCGGAGACAAACUGAAUGCGGAAGAAACUGCGUUGCUGCGAAGCAAGGCCGGAAUGCGUCGAUGGCAACGAAUUCAGCAGGAGGCCGCUGGCAAGGAUGUGUCUGAAUUCUAUGGAGAUGGCUCCGAGCGUGAUCAACCUGGCCAGACACUCGCCGAGGGCAUGGAGGCGGAGGAAGAGAGUCUGCUUCCUGACUACUACGAUCCGCUUUCAGCCAUCCCAGACCUAGAGCCGCGACUCCGGUGGGAGCAGGAUGGUGAAGGGCAGGUCGUCGAACAUUUUGAGGAGUAUUUGAGAUUGUACCCGUCGAAACAAUUCACCGCUCCGGAAAGCAAGCUCUCCAAGAAGAUGGAAGCAAACAUGCGACAGAUGCAAGAAACACGGAAAGUGGUGUCCAAAAUCGGAGUGGUCAAACAGAUGCAACUGCAGUCUCAGACUUAUCAAAACCAGUUUCAGAAGUAUCAAGCGGAACGUUUUAUCGAAGCCGACAUACCGAACCACGUCAUGUCUGAUUCUGGUCCCUUAAUGGCGCCAUGGGUAUGCAGGGCAGCCUUUCAGCGGGCUAUUGGCCAGAUUUUCUUCCAUGCUGGAUUUGAAGAGUUUCAACCUUCGGCACUGGAUACCAUGACUGAUUUGGCGGCCGACUUCUUCCAGCGGAUUUGCACUACACUGAUGAGCUACAAGGAAGACUACAAAAUUCCAGCCACAACAGCUGUCUCAACUGCGCCAGGAGUCAAAUCUGAGACAGCCACGGCCUACAAGACUCCCAACAGCAACGAAGAAGCAAUUCUACACACUCUCCAUUCCAGUGGAAUAUCGCUGAGUGACCUUGACAUUUAUGCUCGAGAAGAUGUGGAUCGGUUGGGCGCUCGUCUCGGCAUCAUGCACGAGCGUAUGAAGGGACACCUCGCAGACCUUUUGCGGCCUGCUCUGUCCGAAGAUACUGCGCACGGUCAAGGGUCGUUUGCAGAUGGAGGCGAACAAUUCGUGGGUGGCGAUUUCGCCGAGGAUCUGGACGAAGACUUCUUCGGAUUCCGAGAACUGGGUCUUGACAAGGAAUUUGGAAUGGCAAGUCUUACAGUGCCGUUCCACAUCCUCCAGAACCGACUUGGCAUGGUCAAUCCUCAAGUCAAUCCAGAAGAUGCGGCGGAGAAAAUGUUCAAGGAGCCGGCUCGGUGGCCCAAAAUCACCGCCGAAAACGUAGACGCACAAAUCGGGUUGAUCAGGGAGUUCUUCAAGAAGCGUCUGCGUGAGAACAGUGAUCGACCAUUGACUGAAGACUUGGACCUUCCACCCAAACAACGGCCUGGACAUGGCAGAGCCAGAGUUCCCGCGAGUGGAAAGAUCGGAGAUGGAACGGUGAAGAGCAAUACGAGCCCUCUGAAGAAAGCGCCAGUGAAGAAUACUCCCGCUCCAAAAACUGGCGGCGCCACUCCGGGCGACAAAGGGAAGAAAAAGUCGGUCGUAAUCAAUGGAGGUGGUGAAGACACGCCAAUGGUCAACGGUGUCAAUCGCUCAAGUCCCGGACCAGGAGGAGACGGAAGUCCCGCAAAGAGGCAAGUGCCUCUGAAAGCCAAAACGGCGGAGUCGGACCACGCACCAGGAGCAGUGGCCGCGGAGACUGUUGAUGGAAACGGCCAUGGCAUGGCCGAUAUGAAUUUCACUCCAAAGGUCAAUGGCGCCGUGGACGGAGAAACGAGUAUGAUGAGUCCUGAAAGUCUGUAG